AUGUGGGAUUUAAAAAGGUUGAACUUGGACUGGGCUGAAGCAGCAAAUUUGAGGUUAACACAACUCAAUGAAAUGGUGGAAUUCCGUUUCCAUGCAUAUGAAAGUGCAACUGUGUACAAAGAAAGGAUGAAGUUCGUCCACGACAAAAAGAUCGUGAAAAGGGAGUUCAAGUCAUGUGACUUGGUUUUGCUCUUCUACUCAAGGCACAAAUUGUUUUCGGGCAAGGUCAAAUCAAAAUGGUCCGGUCCGUUCAAGGUGGUCAAUGUAUCCCCUUUUGGAGCUGUGGAAUUAGAAUCGGAGGAUGGGCUCCGAACGUUCAAAGUAAAUGGCCAGCGAGUCAAGCACUACUUGGGCACAGGUGGACAAAAAUAUUUGGUGGAACAGUUGGCUCUCAAAGAUGGUCCGUGCCGGAUCAAUGAGUGA